AUGGCCUGUAUGCGAGAUGGCUUCACACCAGGAAGAACUCUCGACAAUGGCCGAUUUAUAACAGUCUCACCCCUCAACCAUGGCUCUUUUGGUAUGGUACUGGCCGCCAGGGAUACCAUCACGGGAGAUGACGUCGCAAUCAAAUGCAUCACCAAGCAGAGUGCCGGCACGGCAUCGACAACAUGCCCGGCUGCCAUUGCGAUCGACGACCGCUCCGAAGAGCUUGCCAUUCACUCACGACUUGCGAAUCACCCCAACGUCGUCAACUUGAUUCACCACUUUGAGACGGAGAACCAUCAGUACAUGGUGUUGGAGCUUUGCAACAAUGGCGAUCUCUACGAGGCAAUCCGACUGGGCAAGGGCCCAUUGGAGACCGGACACGUCCGUGACUUUAUGCUGGAGCUUGUGGAUGCCAUCGACUAUCUCCAUUCCAAGGGCGUCUACCACCGCGACAUCAAGCCUGAGAACAUCUUCUUGACGUCGAAUGGAGCCAUGAAGCUUGGUGACUUUGGAUUGGCAACCACCGAUACUUGGUCUACCGAGUUUGCUGUUGGCUCUGACCGGUACAUGGCGCCUGAGCAGUAUGACGCUUCUGUGUAUGGAUAUGGAUACUCGCCCGCGGCUGCCGACAUCUGGGCCAUUGGCAUUGUUCUUCUCAACAUCCUGUUCCAGCGCAACCCGUUCGCGACACCUACACAGAAGGACCCAUUGUUUAACGACUUUGCCCGCGACCGCCAGAGCUUGUUCGAUGUCUUUCCCAACAUGUCGCAGGACACGUACAAUGUCCUCGUCCACUGUCUGGCAUUGGACCCUGCCAACCGAUCACUGGCCGCUGUUCGCGAUGCACUCAAUGCGGUGAUCAGCUUUACGAUUGAUGACGAAUCUCUUGACGACUUUUGCACGGACAACAAUGACCUGGUUCCCAUCAUCGCCACGGCAGCUCGUGAACCACUGCGCACGCCAUCUGUCACUAGCCCUGCACUGCCUGGCGCAGACUCAUUCCCCUGGACCGCCGCGCUUAAGACGCCCCAGAAAGCCAACCGCCAGCUGUCGACCAUCCGCGACGAGGAUAUGGACUUGUUCCCCCAGUCUGCCAACAACUCUGAAUGGCAGUAUGUUGACACCGACGAGGCUUCACUGUCUUCCAAUCUCGACUCUGGCCUCGGCAUGUCGUACAAGUCUACCAAGUCCGCCAAGUCGAUGCAGUCAGCCGUGUCUGUCAAGCCAAAGUCCGGCUUUGUUGGGUCACUUCCAAUCAGCUUCACGCGUCCAUCCAACAAGACGACUCCCUAUGGUUCCAAUGGCUUCUCUAAGAGUUGGAGUGACUUGUGGGAUGAGGAAGAAGAGUUGCAGGAAGAGAUGCAGGAAUGCCAUCCUUUCGAAGAUGCUGGCGACGACAUCGAGCGUGUGAGCACCGCCAAGCCAAGUACGCCUCAACUGCAGAACAUCAAGGACGACGGACGUGGCAGCGUCACACCUCGCCAGGGCUUGAUCGACCUCGACAUCAACGCCCGCUCUGCCAGUCCAAUGAAGAUUCCAGGAUCCGAUGAGAAGCGUACCGACCUGCCAAAAACCAAGUCCAUCUCGAUCCUCGACAAGUGGGCUGCUUUGGGCAACUUCCGUCGUGCCAAGGUCGACAACUCCGCGAGUGCCAGUGCAGCCGCCACGGCGACUGCCACUCCACCCAAGACCAAGUACUCGGACGCUUUUGCCAGCUUUACGCCCUUCAGCAACAAGAAAGCCAAGGCGACUACUCAGCCCAAGCAACGCGAGCGUGCCCCCAGCUGGCGUCCCAACACUGGCAGUCCUCAACGACUUCGGUCCAACUCGUUCAACAACAGCAAAGUGUGGCAAGAAGACAACAACUGGCGCGAGCACAAACCACCCGUGACGAAGACAUCACCCGUACCGGUUCUGCGGUCCAACAAACCCGAGAAGAGUUUCCUUGAUAACGAAUUAGAAGACGGCGAUAUUGAGUGGGUUGGAGGUUGGCGUGACUUUUCUCCGUGA